UCUCCCUUGAAAAUGGACGGCGCAGCCUAGCUAACUACACCGUUGCGGUGGUCUCGUCAGCCCGUGGCCCUCGUGCUGCAGCGGGGCGCUUGUGUCGCGCGUAGGUAGCGUACUCCCUGUCCUGGGCUGUCGGUGCGCCGUGCGCCCGCGGCCGCGAGUACGACGCGCGCUGCGUGUGCGCCGUGCGCGGCUCACGGGAAACCAAGCCGUUUUUAAUACGCGGCGCCGGUCAAGCCACACCGCCGGCAUGUGACAGUGCGCGGAGCGGCAUACGUACGCAGCAACGUCACUCGCGGCUCGGCUCGGGGAGCGCGUGAGCGUGCGCGCGGUGGCAUGCAUGGCGGACUCCACGGCCAUGACCGUCGACUUCCUCCGCGCGCGGCUGCUCUCCGAGCGGUCCGUCUCCCGCGCCGCCAAGGAGCGCGCCGACCAGCUCGCCAAGAGGGUUGCGGAGCUGGAGGAGCAGGUCCAGGCGGUGACGGCGCAGAGGCGGCAGGCGGAGCGGGCGGCGACGGAGGUGCUGGGUAUUCUGGAGUCACAUGGCUUCGGCGGCAACCUCUCCGACGUGCUCGACUCGGGCUCCGACCGCGACGGCGAGGAGGAUGACGACCCACGCGACGCGAGGAGCGACGGCGACACGGCCGGCUCCCGCGGGGAGGAGCAGCCGCCGGCGCAGUGCGAAGCGGCGGAGGACGCGCUGUCCGGGACGGCCGAGCCCGGCGGCGGGCUGUCGUGGAAAGGCCGCAGCGUGAGCCCGCGCAAGGCGAGGCAGCUCAAGCAGAAGCACCGGAGGAGCUACUUCUACCUCCUCUCCUCCGACCCGUCGCCCAAGUACCGGAUGGGGCAGUCCUGCCGCAAGAACAAGCGCAAGGAGCUCAGCAAUGGCAAGUCGACGGCGCCGGAAGAGCAGCGCGGCGACGUCGAGGAGAUCGCCUGGAGUCAGAAGGGGCAGCAAGAUGGAUCGGAUUGCACCGACGACGGCCAGGCGGACAUGGACGGCGAGGUUGCUGGUGGUCAGUAUGUGAUCAGGUACGAGAAGGACGGCGAGAUGGAAAGGGUGCUCGAGAGGCAGGCCGAGCUGAUCGGCCAGUAUGAGGCGGAGGAAGAAGCUCAGAGGCAGUGGGAGAAGCAGUUCAACGAGAAUCGGAGCUCAGCCAAGGUUCAUGUUGAGGCAGAGAAUAAGGCGUGCCAGAUAGAAAAUGGUUGGGAGCAGAGCAAGGAGCAUUCUAGGCUCGCGGAUCAAGCGGUUCAUUGCAACGAAGAGGCAAAACCAGGCGUUAAAAAUCACCCCAGCGCCAGCAACAACCGCUCUGCUGGACUUCUGUUGAAUGGUUCCCUUCCUGAAUCACCCCAAGACACAUCAGGACAAGAAGCAGCAGCCGACCAACGUGACUCGCACGAGGAGCUUCACGGCCACUGUCAUGCACAGUCUCAAGGAAACUCUAAUGUCGCCGGCACAAUGACAGGGAAGAAUCAAGAACAAGGAAACGAGAAUCCGGAUGGAUGUUCAAGCUACUGUGACAUCAAAGCGCCAUCAGAUGGGAGCCCGUCAAUGAGUGAUGCCACCCUGAACAGCAAGGUCUCUGAUUGGAGCUCAUCACGCUUCCAUGACCAUGGCGACAACCAGGUCGAUGCAGGGCCAGAUCAACAGCCAACGAGCAACAUGGACAUAGAGUGUGUUCUUCAGGCACUUCAGCUUGCCAGGAUUUCCCUGAGUCAGAAGCUGAGCAAGCCAGUUCCACCCAGCCAGGUGACGCUGGCGCUUCCUGCACCAGGGGACCAUGAACAUUCAGAAGACGACGGCUACUCCCCCGUCGACGACGAGUUCAAUUCUGCAAGAGAUGAGCUCUGCAGCUCAAGCCAAUCUCCUGAUCAGGAGAUACUGGCUCUCCCUGCACCAGAGGAUUACCAUGACAGGGAGAAUUUGCCUGCCAAUGACGACGCUACCAUUUCACUGACAGAGGAACAGACCAGUUCAAGCCCACACCGGCAGGAGAUCCUGGCUCUCCCGGCUCCGGUAGAUGAUUACCACAGAGAGAUAGUGGAUGACAUCAAGAUACCUAUCUGCAUUGCCGGCUUGUUUCGGUUGCCAACAGACUCAUUUCCAAAGGACGAGAUGGUCUCAACUUGCAACAAAUAUGGAGGUUCAGAGCUCAAUCUGAGACCAACUGCAGCUGCUCCUCAGAACGCCUUCGUGAGCAACACUGCUGAUCGUGUCACGGUAGCUCCGUCAGAGAUAAGAGAUGAUCAUGGCUUUUCAACGAGGCCAUGUUACGAUCCACACAGUUCUGGGCUGCUGUCUGUGCCUACUUCUGGUAGGUGUAGCACUCCAAGUUCAGAUUUUACAAUAAGGGGAGCUUCUUUCCUCUCCGGAAUUCCCGGACUUGCUGAAGAUUUCAGGAAGGGAAGGCCCCUUGCAGAUGCAGACCUGUUCAUGCAGCGUGGCUGCGAUUACACUAUUUCUAAUAAGUGGAUGCUGUAGCUUGUAACAUGCAUGAAUUUGUUCUCUUUGCUUUUUUUACUAGCGGAAGGCAGCACUGAUAAUUGACAAGUAGUAUUUCUCAUGGCUGCAUAUCCUUGUGAAGAAGGCGUUCGAUUACUAGGGGAGAUAAUUUGACCAAGACAUGGGAAGUGCGCCACUUUUUGACAA